CGCGUUGCAUCGGACAAAGUUCAUACACUAAGCGCUAGGAAGUACGCUUAGUUCAGCAAUAAGUGCAACUCGCAUCGGUCCCUGCACCCAUCUGCAUUCGGGAACCGAGCAUCAAAUCGGUUCCUUUUCUUUUCGUGGUUUAAAACAAGCGUCAACCAUUGAACACAAGGAUAGCAAGAUGACAAAACGGGCGGCCGGCUUUCUCAUAUUUCGUCGACUGUGCGAACGAAUCGAGUAUCUCAUGUUACAGGCAUCGUACGGUCAGCAUCACUGGUCCCCGCCGAAAGGUCACGUCGAUCCCGGGGAAGACGAUUACGCCACGGCCCUGCGUGAAACGACCGAGGAGGCUGGCUACACGGAAGGCGAUUUGAAUGUGUACCGGAAUCAGACCCGCACGCUUGAGUACAAAGUGAAAGGACAUGAUAAAGUCGUUAUUUACUGGCUGGCGGAGUUACGGAAUGCGUCACUCGAGGUGAAACUCUCCGAUGAACAUCAGGACAUGAAGUGGUUGGAAUGUGAUGCAGCUAUCAAAAUUGCAGGCUAUGACGACUUUGCAAAGAUGGUACGCGAGUUCGAUACUAAAAUUAAGACCAAUGAGCUGUGAAAGUGGGAACAGUGUUUCGCCUACUAGUUAUUUAUCGCCUUGCACUGUUUUUCCGCUUUAAAGAUUUACAUAUACACACGCCACCUAUUCGCUUUCUCUAAUUGGAUAAUGAGGAAAUAUCGAUUAUUAUAUUACUACUAUUGAAACUAGCCUCGAUUGUAUGAUGCAUGUCAGUGAAUCGUUCACUUU